AUGCCUACACCAAGCACCCCCUUAGUUCGACGCUCACGACGCGGACAACCGAUUGCAAACGCGUUCUCUAGCACUCAGAAAGACGACAAGUGGCAUGGCCAACGCGUGCAUGAACGCGCCAUGAACCCCGAUCUCGACAUGCUCCCAGACCAGCGUAUGACAUGGGAGGAGCAAGAUGCUGACGAGCGGGAAAGCUACAAAACCAUCUUCUACAACGAGUUUCGCAGAAGGAAUCGCGAUGGAGUCCACACGCUGUUCAAAGUGGGCGACACUGUAACGGUCAACACGAUGGCAGUGCACAACGGCGACCGAAAGCCCAGUGUCGCCGUCAUCGUCUCUAUGUGGGAGCUAGUGCUGGAGGACGACGAGGAGGAAGCUGAGGAUGGAGAUGAGAAUGUUGGGAAGCUGAUGGUCCGCAUCCAUUGGUUUCUGAGGCCGUCAGAGCUUCCCAGACAUCGUGCUAAACGAGAGUGUCUAGAAAACGAAAUAUACUACUCUCUUGACGCGGACGCGAUAUUUUUGUCGUCUUCGUUGUUAGGCCUAUGUGAAGUCACAGAUCUACCCCCGCGUUCUCUCCCAGCUGCCAACGCCUCUCCGCGCAAAAAUGGAGGCUAUGUUUACGUCGACGAAAAGAAGAACAAGACGCUACCACUCUAUUGUCGCUACGUGAUCGAUUCUGGUCGCAAUCUCUACUACGAAGUGAAUUGGGUUGGACACCGCAGGGGCGCACUCGCAGAGCCUGAUGAGCCAUGGGGUUCCGGAGAGGCUUGGAAGGUCCAACCUGUCGUUGAACGGACUGGAAUGCCGCCGCGCAAAAAGCAGAAGCUUGACCAUAAACCCCGCAAACGUGUUACAAUAAAGGAAGAGCCAAAGCAACGAGAAGAUACCGAUAGUGGCGACGACAACGACGACAAUUUCUCAGAGAAAUCAGAGGAAAGCGAUCCUGAAAGUGAUCAUGAACUACCCAAGCUCGAAGCCGAAGAAAGUGAUUCGUCAGAGGAGACGCCAGAUGAAUCUGAAUCUGAUGCUGACAUGGAGGGGCCCAAGACACCUCGUCGAAAGCGAACUGCCGCCCAUGCUACACCCCAUUCGAAAGCAGCACUUAAGCGCCGACGGAAAACCAUGACAAUGUCCCCUCGAAAACGGCCUUCCGCCAAACUGCAGGUCCGACGACAUGAGGCCGGACUUGGAUACGAUACGGGAGCGAAUCUUCCACAGGAUCCAUGGCUACGUGCGAUGCAAGUUUUGCAUGUCGGCAGUAGACCGGACGCGCUACCUUGUCGCGAUGACGAGUUUACACGCGUCUUGGGUGCCGUAUACGACCUUUUGGAAGAGGGAAGCGGUGGUUGCGUUUACAUCUCGGGUGUUCCUGGGACAGGCAAGACCGCAACUGUCCAUGCGGUCGUCCGUGAGCUCAAACGAAUGGCCGAAUCAAAUGAAACCAAUCCGUUUACCUACGUAGAGAUCAACGGCCUGCGGAUACCAGAACCGAAUGCCGCAUACAGUCUGCUUUGGGAGGUGGUUUCGGGUCACGACGUCGCUAAAGACGGGCAUAUGAAAGUGGGGGCAAAGGAAAGUCUCAGGGCUUUGACAACAUAUUUCAGCGGCGGAGGAUCCCGAGGGCCAUCUGGCCAUGCAUGCGUGGUUCUUAUGGAUGAACUUGACCAGCUUAUGACAACGAAACAAGAUGUCGUUUACAACUUCUUCAACUGGCCGACCUUGGUCGGGAGCAAACUUGUUGUUCUUGCUGUUGCAAAUACCAUGGAUCUCCCCGAACGGGCAAUGACGGGACGUGUCCGAAGUCGACUUGGCAUGACGCGGAUAAACUUUGCACCGUACACUGCUGAGCAACUACAGGCCAUUGUCGAAGCGCGAAUUGCUGGAGCCCGUGUCGGCCUUCCUGAAGAUUCUCCAGUUGUGCUCGAUUCUGACGCUAUCAAGCUCACGUCGAAGAGGAUUAGUGCAACUAGCGGCGAUGCGAGGAGGAUCCUCGAUAUUUGCAGACGUGUCGUUGAGCUUGCGCAUCCGCAACGCCGGAAAGCCGUGAUCAAGGAUGUGUCAGAGGUGACGAAGCAAAUGCAGAACAGCCCGACUGCGACCUACCUACGCGAUUGCAGCUUCCACGAACGCCUGGUGCUGCUCUCGCUCAUACGCUGCAUCAGAACCGAGGGCAUCGAGGAGAUCAAGUGGGAGAAUGUGCUCUAUCAGCAUUCGCUCUAUGUGAAGUCGUUUGAGGACCCGGAUGCGCCGAGGCUCUGGACUCCGACUCCAAACGAGAUGGGUUUGGUUCUUGAAUCACUGGUCUCGUCGCAAGCUAUCUUGCUGGAGAGUGGGGCUGCAGCGAUGAAGAAGAUGCUCGGGGAGAGGAAGGUCGUGCUGAAUAUGGAGCAGAACGAGGUCGAGCGGGUUCUGGGUGAAGUUGGGGGUGAGAGAUGGAAAAUCAUCUUAUCGUGA